CGCGGGCCGCGUCGGAGCUGCCUGCAGGGUGCGCGGCGGCGAGUCGAGGGGCGGGCAGAGGGGCGGCCCCGGGAGAGCGCGGCCAGGUGGAGGAGGAGCGCGGAGGCCACUGCAGCGUCCACUGCACUUCUGCCACCUGAGAGCCCUGUCUGUGCUACAUUGUAGGCCAUGGAGAAUGAACUGCCAGCUCCCCCCACAUCCAGCAGUGCCGGUGUCACCAGCAAUGCCAGUGGGGCUAGUAACAGCGGCGGCAGUAGUGGCAGUGGCCGCCCCACUGGACCCCAGAUUUCUGUGUAUAGUGGUAUUCCUGACCGGCAGACCGUGCAGGUGAUCCAGCAGGCACUGCACAGGCAGCCCAGCACAGCAGCACAGUACUUGCAGCAGAUGUAUGCUGCACAGCAGCAGCACCUCAUGCUGCAGACAGCAGCCUUGCAGCAGCAGCACCUCAGCAGCGCGCAGCUCCAGAGCCUGGCGGCAGUGCAGCAGGCAAGCCUGGUGGCCAACAGACAAGGAAGUUCUUCUGGCAACAGUGUGACCUCACAGGCCCCUGCCCAGUCUUCUUCGCUCAAUCUGGCAGCCUCCCCUGCAACAGCCCAGCUCAUCAACCGGGCGCAGAGUGUCAACUCAGCCACAGCCUCAGGCCUUGCUCAGCAGGCUGUGCUCUUGGGCAACACGUCUUCUCCAGCCUUAACUGCCAGCCAAGCACAGAUGUAUCUCAGGGCACAGAUGGACCAGCCAGGUAACCUGGUGCAGGUAGCUAGGAGCCUAGGCGGCACUGUUCCUUUGUCCCCUCAGCUCAUCUUCACGCCCACGGCCACCGUCGCUACUGUGCAGCCUGAGCUCGGCACUGGCUCCCCCGCUCGGCCCCCCACCCCUGCCCAGGUACAGAACCUGACCCUACGAACACAACAGACACCUGCUGCAGCGGCCACGGGCCCUACCCCCACUCAGCCUGUCCUGCCCAGCUUGGCCCUGAAGCCCACAUCCAGCAGUAGCCAGCCUCUGCCUGCCUCCUCACAGGGCAGAAACACUGCACAGGGUUCCCCUGCAGGUGCCAAGGCUGGUAUAACUGACAGUGUGACAGAGCCAUACAAGAAAGGAGAUGGCAGUGGGGGCAUGCCAGGGAACAUGGAAGGCCGGGCUGGGCUCAGCCGGACUGUUCCUGCUGUGACUGCUCACCCCCUCAUUGCACCAGCUUAUGCUCAACUGCAGUCACAUCAGCUCCUCCCACAGCCAUCAUCGAAGCACCUGCAGCCCCAGUUUGUGAUCCAGCAGCAGCCACAGCCACAGCAGUCACAGCCACCACGGCCUGUACCCCAAGUCCAUUCCCAUCCCCAGCUUGCCUCAGUCCCCCCAAGCCUGGCCCUACAACCCAGCUCAGAAGCCCAUGCCAUGCCACUAGGCCCAGUUACACCUACCCUGCCACUCCAGUGUCCCACUGCCCAUCUUCAUAAGCCAGGUAGCAGUCAGCAAUGCCACCCUCCCACACCAGAUGCUGGGUCUCAGAAUGGACAUCCUGAGGGCAUGUCCCAUACCCCUCAGCGAAGGUUCCAGCACACUUCAGCUGUCAUCUUACAACUGCAGCCUGCUUCUCCAGUGCCCCAGCAGUGUGCUCCUGAUGACUGGAAGGAAGUGGUGCCCGGGGAGAAGAGCGCACCCGAGACUCGGCCAGGCCCAUCCCCACACCAGCAAGCCAUUGUCACUGUCAUGCCUGGUAGCCUGCCUGUACCCAAGAGCCCCAACAUCCAGCAGUGCCCAGCUCACGAGACAGGGCAGGGCAUUGUUCAUGCACUGACCGACCUCAGCAGCCCCGGCAUGACCUCAGGGAACGGAAACUCUGCCUCCAGCAUCGCCGGCACUGCCCCCCAGAAUGGUGAGAAUAAACCACCACAGGCCAUUGUGAAACCCCAAAUCCUGACGCAUGUUAUCGAAGGGUUUGUGAUCCAGGAGGGGGCGGAGCCUUUCCCGGUGGGACGCUCGUCCCUGCUGGUGGGGAAUCUGAAGAAAAAGUAUGCACAGGGGUUCUUGCCUGAGAAGCUUCCGCAGCAGGAUCAUACCACCACCACUGACUCAGAGAUGGAGGAGCCCUACCUGCAAGAAUCCAAAGAGGAGGGCACUCCCCUCAAACUCAAGUGUGAGCUCUGUGGACGGGUGGACUUUGCCUACAAAUUCAAGCGUUCCAAGCGCUUCUGUUCCAUGGCUUGUGCAAAGAGGUAUAAUGUGGGAUGCACCAAACGAGUGGGACUUUUUCAUUCAGACCGGAGCAAGCUGCAGAAGGCAGGGGCCACAACCCACAACCGCCGUCGGGCCAGCAAGGCCAGUCUGCCUACACUUACCAAGGAUACCAAGAAGCAGCCCUCAGGCACUGUACCCCUUUCAGUUACUGCUGCCUUGCAGCUGACACACAGCCAGGAAGACUCCAGCCGGUGCUCAGAUAACUCAAGCUAUGAGGAACCCUUGUCACCCAUCUCAGCCAGCUCAUCCACCUCCCGCCGGAGACAAGGCCAGAGAGACCUGGAGCUCCCUGACAUGCACAUGAGAGAUCUGGUGGGCAUGGGACACCACUUCCUACCAAGUGAGCCCACAAAGUGGAAUGUAGAGGAUGUUUACGAAUUCAUCCGCUCUCUGCCUGGCUGCCAGGAGAUCGCAGAAGAGUUCCGGGCUCAGGAGAUUGAUGGGCAAGCUCUGCUGCUGCUCAAGGAGGACCACCUGAUGAGCGCCAUGAACAUCAAGCUGGGGCCUGCCCUGAAGAUCUAUGCGCGCAUCAGUAUGCUCAAGGACUCCUAGGGCCGCUGCACCACUGGGCAGCCAGGGUUCCAGCCCCAGGUGCCGCCUCCUGAUGGAGAGAGCCACAGACAUUCCUGAGGGACCCAGAAUGGGGCCAGUCAAAGGGAAGGGGCUCUCCCCAGGGGCGCAACAGUGAGGAGGUCUGAGUACCUCUUCAGUGGCUCUCAGGGGCCUUCCAUUUCUGUGGGAGGGGUAGAGAGGUAGGCAGCACAGAAGAUGGGGCUUUGCGCUUGUAAAUACUAAUAGCACUGGCUUCCUCCAAAGUCCCAAUGUUCUAGCCCCCCCUCUUCCCUUCUCUUUGUCCCCCAUUUUCCAGGGGGUUUGGUCAGGGCUCCCCAACCUAAGUUGGGUUACUUCCAAGGGCAGCCAGCAGGCCUGGACAGAGGUCUUGAAAGCUCUUGCCUUCUUCCCCUCCCACUUCUUUCUCUAGGCCUGGUUAACUUUCCGUUGCCAGCUUCUCCCCCUUCAGCCUGUUUCCACAGCAGCCAGGGGUUCUCCCCUACACCCUCUUCAGGUGGAGAGAGAGAAGCUGGGCCCAGUUUGGCCAUGCCUGCUGGCAUAGACGCCUUAACGCUGUGUGUAUGACUGUGUGACUGGGGGCCUGGACUGACAGGCCAUGAGCUGCCCUCUGGCAUCUCCAGGUGUUUUGUAGCAAACAGCCACUUAGUGCUUUGUCCUGGACUCCACUCAGCCUGAGGCUGGGGAAUAGAAAGAAAGGGCAGAUCCAAGAGUUGAGAUUGGAGGUCCUCUCCAGAUGGCAAGAGGUCUCUGGAAAGCCCUCCUCACACCUGACUUCCAGCAAGCCCUACUGGUUCUAAAGCAACACAGGAGUAGGCCAUGUGGUCCAGGGGCCAUGUCAGCCUGUGCCUCCUGUGGCCUGCCUGCCCAUCCUUAGAGCCCCUUCCCCCUCCAGGGGGCCGGGGGCAUAACUAAAUGGAGACACCUGGAGGCACUGUGUGUGAGGAGGAAGCCUUUGACCUUCCACUUCCAUGCUGCUUGUAAACUUCUACUGCAGUAAGGCUACCUGAAGAGGGGCAGGGCAGGAAGGGCGAGGGCGUGCCUCUGACUUGCCCUGUCCUUACCAACUCUUGGAGAAGUCAUUCUUCCCAGGAGGGGUGCGCAGUUUCUCACCUUGUUCUAUUCCCUACCCACAUCCCCAGGCAGAGUCGGAAAUGAAGGACUUUUUUAACCUUUUGUUUUUAAAAAAUAAAUCUGUAAAAUCUG